ACGUGCGUGACGAUGUGGAGGUUCAGCGGCACGACGUGCAAGGCUGUGCAAGUCAAUCGGGAGCCGCCAUGAAUCGCAGCCUCGUAGCGAAAUCCCAUCGACAUCCCGCUAUAUCGCUCUUGCUUGCUUCCACACCCCCUCGUAGGUUCAUUCAUUGUGUUAUGACCAAGCUGAUGGUCGCUCUGCACCCUCCAACUACCCGCGCUGGAAUUUCCUAGAAGCAUAGAUGACGAAAGUCGCAGUUGACGCGACCAAUCUGUCGCAGCCGCACUCAUCAUGCGCUUGCUGAAGCGGAACGAUAGAGGCGACUUCGUCUUUACCGCCCUGCUAUACAGCCCUCCGCCAUACGCCAUAUUGUCUCACACAUGGAGCACAACGCCAAACGCCGAAGUGAGCUAUCAAGACAUGCUCGACGGGUCAGCCCGGGGAAAAGAGUCAUUUGCCAAGAUCAGGUUCAUGGCAGAGCGGGCUGAAGCGGAGAACAUUGAGCAUUUCUGGAUUGAUAAUUGCUGCAUCGACAAGCGCAAUGAAGCGGAGCUCUCGACAGCCAUCAGAUCUAUGUACAGAUGGUAUCGCGACGCGGCGGUGUGCUUCGUCUACCUUGCCGAUGUCUCGCUCAAUAAGAGAGAUUGCAAUGGACAGCGAGCAUGGGAGGGCAACUUUCGCAACUGUCGCUGGUUCACGCGAGGGUGGACGUUGCAGGAAUUGAUUGCACCUAAACGUGUGGAAUUUUAUGCGCGAGGGGAACAUCUUGGAAAUCGGGCAAGUCUUCUGAAACAGAUACAAGAGGUCACCGGAAUAGAAACCGAUGCCCUGCUGGGAACAUCACACGAGAACUUUCCGAUAUCCACACGGCUUCGCUGGGCGACAGGACGUAUGACAUUUGUCCCGGAAGACUACUUUUAUGCACUUAUGGGCUUGUGCGAUGUUAUCAUGUCGCCCAUGUAUGGCGAAGGCCCAGACCAGGCUGAGAAGCGAUUGGAGAAAGAAAUCAGGGAGCAUCAUGGCGAGGCGGCACUGAGUUCACCCAUGAAUCUUGGCAGUCGAGAGCCUAGGGAGAUCCGCUGCGAAAACGCACAGCAGCGUGAAUGGAAUUUAGAUAUGCUUCGAUUCGAAACGAUCCACUCUCGAAAGGCGAACAUCAGGACAGAAAUGAAGAAGACGUGCAGCUGGAUAUUGCAACAUCCUACAUAUCUUGCUUGGAGGGAUACCGAGCCCGCAGAGGAGCACUGUGGGUUUUUCUGGAUCAAGGGCAAACCGGGCGCCGGCAAGUCCGUUCUUGUGAAAUAUCUGGAUACGCAUGUUUCUACGAACCAGAAGCCUGACGUCAUUUGCAUCUCGUUCUAUUUCAAUGCCCGUGGGGAGCGACUCGAGAAAUCUCUGGAGGGCAUGUAUCGAUCGCUGCUGGUGCAAUUACUGGAGCGAAACCGGGAGCUACAACCUGUCGUGAGUGACUCUCGGCAGAUUGCCGGCGAUGGUCCAUUGUCCUUGCACACAUUAUCCAGCCUUCUUUCCGCCGCUGUCAUGAAGCUGCAGAGCCAUCGCCUAUACUGCUUCAUUGACGCUCUUGAUGAAUGCCAGGAUUCAGAUAUGAAGCAGAUGGUCACUUUCUUCUGGAAAAUUUGUGAAGAAGCUGCGAAGGAGGGGAGACGUGUCAGUGUCUGCUUUGCAUCUCGCCAUUAUCCGUCGUUUGACAUACCGACUGAGUUCAAGCUCGUGCUAGAGGAUCUCGACGAACACCGGAACGACCUUAGCAAGUAUGUCAAAAGUCAAAAGUUCACAAGCGGAUCUUCAAACAAACUUAAGAAUAUUCCUGACCAAGUGCAGAACACCAUCCUGGACAAGGCCAACGGUAUAUUUCUAUGGGUAGUGUUGGUAGUCGAGAUUUUGAAAAAGGAGUAUCUCAGAGGAAAUGCUCAUACAGUCAAGCAAAAACUUGAGCAGAUCCCAGAAGACCUCACGAAUCUUUUCCGAAGCAUCGUAACACGCGAUCGAGAGGAUGUUCACGAGCUUUUGCUUUGUCUAAGAUGGAUACUGUACUCAAGGAGACCGUUGGCACUGAGGGAAUUCUAUUUUGCCAUGCUGGCUGGCACUGACACAAAGGAUCUUGAAUGGAGGUGCUACUUUGCAGAAUUUUCAGAAGAAGACGCAGACGACAUGAUCCUUGAUGACCUCAGAAGCUGCUCCAAAGGGUUGGCCGAGCUCACCAAAGGCAAAAAUGGACGCGUACAGUUCAUACAUGAAUCUGUGCGGGACUUUCUGGUGAUGGGAGGCGGCUUCGAGCAUAUCGAACCAUCCUGCGACUCCUCAGCCUACGGUGCCCACGAAGCUCUCAAACAGUGUUGCAUUCGUGGAAUCCAGAUCGACAUGAACAUCUGCUGGCAACUGAUGGGCUUAACAGCACCCGCCGACCAGGAUAUCACAGCAUGGCGACCCUCCCAUCGGCGAAGUGAACGUGCUUUGCUGAAGAGCGGCUCUCCCUUCUUGGACUACGCUAUUGCAAUGGUUUUCUAUCAUUCAAACGAAGCGGUUCUGGGAAUCCCGCAGGAAGGCUUUUUCGACCGUUUUGAUCUUUCUAGAUGGUACACAAUCGCCAACCUUUUGCAACAGUAUGACAUCGGCGUAUAUACACCCGAUGUCUCAAUCGAGUACAUUCUCGCAGAGAGAAAUUGUGCCAAUCUCAUCAGAUCACUUGCUUGUCGCCAACACGAUUUUACUCAAUCUAGCAGAAAUCGCAACAGGACGCCAUUGAUUGCUGCUCUCGCGAACAAGAGCAAGGAAGCUGCAGAAGCGAUACUGGAACGCGAAGGCGCCGAAAAUCCUACCAAGAUUGCCCAAGAGAUCAUCGUGGAUAAUUAUAGAGGACGACAGGCGUAUGACUUACGUCAGGGACAAGAGACCUGGCGUUGGGCAAUAGAACAAGGAUGGCCUAGUCUGGCUAGACACCUCUUGCGUGAUGAUCAACUUGAUGCGGAAGUACUGAUAGCGCUCUCCAUGUUCUUGUGUUCCGUUUCAGAAACAGGCAAAAUCAACAUCGCGGCGCUCUUGAUCGAGCGCGGCGCCGAUGUGAAUGCGCAAGGCGGCUGGUACGGCACCGCCCUUCAAGCCGCAUCACUUUACGGUCACACGGGGGUCGCGACGCUGUUGAUCGAGCGCGGCGCCGAUGUGAAUGCGCAAGGCGGCCAGUACGGCAACGCCCUCCAAGCUGCAUCCUCUCGAGGUCACUCUGGCAUUGCGACAUUGCUAAUAAAUUGUAGUACUGAUAUGAACACGCAAGGUGGCAAGUAGGUCUUCUGGCUCAGCGCGUACGGCGUCUCUGUCUGUGUCUUUGUCUGUGUCUAUCAACUUCCAGUUGCUGUGAUAUUCCUUAAUCUGCUAGCCAGA